AUGGACUUCGCCGCCACCCAGAACUUCUGCGAGGGCGCCACCCAAAACUUCUGCGACGGCGACGAGAGCGACGAGGAGGACAAACCACAGUUGAUCCGGCUCCUCGACGGUGGUAACGCUGGGGUGACCAUGCUCCCGUCUGUCGACGGCGGCGUCCUAUCUAUCGGGCGCGCCGCGAGCGACGACGGAGCGUCCGCUCUGCUCCUGACCGACGAAUCGCAGCCACAGCCGCCCAAGGUCUCCGCUCGCCAGGCAGAGGUGCGCCUGGUCAACGGCGCCUUCACCCUGCACGUGUUGAGCAGUGCGACAUUCACGUUCGUCAACGAGCAGCACUACAUCAAGCCCGGGGGCGGGUCGCCCCCCGCCGUCUCGCUCUUCCACGAAGACACGCUGCGCUUCGGUGGCGGCAUCAAGGCAUCCCAACGCUACGACAAGUUUGUGUUUAGGGUCCACGCGCCCGAGCACCCCCGCCCCGGCAACAAUGGCGUCGCUGCAGCUGCGCAGGGUGGCGUCACUGGCGAGAUGCCGAUCGUGGCGGAGCAGAUUGGCAGCGGCGAGGGAGAUGGCGAGUGGGCGAAGGCUAGCCUCCUCCUCCCGGCCGUCGCCACCGAAGCGGCGAUCGCUGCGCCCAGCGCUGCCACGUCUUCAGAGGCACCGAGCGCGCCAGCAGCCUCGCUCCUGGGAAAGCGAGCCGCACCGGCGUCGGAUGUCAUGCUGGGUGCGGCAGCGGGUUGCGCGGUCGCGGGUGGCGCGGUCGCGGGUGGCGAGCCGGCCAGCACAGAGUCGGCAUCGGCAGGCCAAGCCUCUGUGGCAGGCUCAGCGGGGCGUGAAUUUCAGGUGGCGACGCUUUCUAGUUCGGCCCGAGGCGUCGAGCGCGGCUUCAAGGUGCGUUUCAGUGCGCGCGGGCCCGAGCAGGCCGGCUGGUCUUCGGUGCUGCCGCCAGUGCUCCAAUUCGCGGUGGUCAAGCGGGAGUCGAUCACGCCGUCGCUGCAGCGCGUGGCGUUCCGUCUGACCGACCUAGCGGGCGAGUUCGAGCCGUGGCUCAAGUUUGUGCGCUCGUCGUCGUCGCGGUGCGGGUGCAUGCAACUGCCGGGCGGCGCAAGCGUGAUCACCACGGCUGUUGUCGGCAGCGAGCUGGCGUGCGAGCUAGUCGGCGGCGGUGGGGCACUGGCCGAGAUGGAGCGGCAGCUCGCCGCCAAGAGCCGCGCAAUGAGCGAGCUGGCAGCGGAGCGAGACGCCGAAGCAGCGGCCCGCAAAGAGGCCGAGGAGAGGGCCGUGGAGCUGCAGCAGGAGGUAGAGGAGUGGGAGAACCUCUCGCGCGACGCAGCGACGAUGCGCGAAGGCAUGGGGCAGCAGGCGGACUGCGGACCGGGCGAGCUGACGCAGCAGCUCAAGUCCCCUCCGCGCCGCUUUCGAGCCGUGGCUCAAUUUGUGCGCUCGUCGUCGUCGCGGUGCGGGUGCAUGCAACUGCCGGGCGGCGCAAGCGUGAUCACCACGGCUGUUGUCGGCAGCGAGCUGGCGUGCGAGCUAGUCGGCGGCGGUGGGGCACUGGCCGAGAUGGAGCGGCAGCUCGCCGCCAAGAGCCGCGCAAUGAGCGAGCUGGCAGCGGAGCGAGACGCCGAAGCAGCGGCCCGCAAAGAGGCCGAGGAGAGGGCCGUGGAGCUGCAGCAGGAGGUAGAGGAGUGGGAGAACCUCUCGCGCGACGCAGCGACGAUGCGCGAAGGCAUGGGGCAGCAGGCGGACUGCGGACCGGGCGAGCUGACGCAGCAGGUGGACGAUCUGUGGUCGGUUGUCGAGGAGCCCGGCGACGAGCUGCGCCAACGCGACCAGGAGCUCAUGCGAAAAGUGCGGCUGCUGCUGGAGCGAGCACUAAACAGGACCUUCGACGGAGGGCGCGCCGUCCCCACUGGCUUUCGCAAGAUGGCGCUGCACGACAAGCUAGGCUCGCUCCGCGCAAGCAGCAAAACGGGCUACGGGUGGUGCCAUGCAGCCAGCCUGACCCCCUAG